AAAACUGUAUUUUCUUGCAGAAAACCUCCCACGUUCUGAUAAGGAUGAUAAAGCAGAGAAGACUAGUAUAUAAGAUUCCUUUUAAACUAGAGGUAGUAAAAUAUGCUAAGGAGCAUGGAAACAGAGCAGCAGAGAGACAUUGUGGGCCACCUCCAACAGAAAGAAUGAUAAGAGAUUGGAGGAAACAGGAGGAUCAGCUGCAAAAAGCAGAUAAAAGUAAGCACACUUUUCGUGGACAUGCUGCAAAGUGGCCACAGUUGGACGUGGCCAUGAAAGAAUGA